GGUGUGCAAAACAGCUCAUUUUGGUGAACAGCUCCGAACCGAUCAGCUCACCAAAGUGAAUCGAUUCGAUGUAUCAGCUCAUCAGCUCUUUUAGUUUGAACAUAAGGUUCAUUUUGUACGCCGUUUUUCUCAUGCACCGGUUUUCUUUCAUAUGCAUGAUCGAAAUUGAAUCAUUGAUUUGUAAUGAUGCAAUGAAUGCAAUGCGAAUUAGUUUAUCUUUAAUUGAUGUCGACUAAAUUGAAUCUCUUAAAGAGCCAAAGAUCCGACCAGCUCGUAGCGUGUUCCCUUCGUCAUAAUGCAGUGAACUGGGUAGCAAAUGAGUGAGCUGAUGAGCUGCGGUUCUUUUGAAAAGAGCUGUGAGCUGUCAGCUCACUUCAAUGAUUCGAUUCACUGGAACAGCUCAGGAGCGAAUUGCCCAUCUCUACGCAGCACACGUCUUGCACCCCGCGAAACAUCAAGAGUACAGCGGCUCAUUAUAUUGGACAUCGUGGUCUUAUUGAAAUAACUUAAUAAAUUUCAUCAGAAGAUAGCGUUACUGGAGCCACGAUAUGAUUAUCUAUACGAAUCAUGGCAAUCCUUUCGGAUUAAAACUACUAAUUUGUGCAAACUUUGCUAAGAAGGAUGUACAAGUGAAAAAAGUAACGUUAAACGAUGCCGAGCUGAAAGAUAUGAAACACUUGCCUAUUCUUCAGUUGGCAACUGGUGUCCAAUUGUUCUCAACGGAUGUAGCGGCAAAAUAUUUACUACAGGGCGAAACGCCAAUCAUCCAGCGGGACGAAUGGCUGGAGUGGUCAAGUACGCGGUUAGCUCCGGCAUUGACGCAUAACAUGGCCGUUGGAAGUCGACAGGAUCCCAACGCUAAACAAAUUCUGAACUCCUUGGUUAAGUUUCUAGAUGAUUGCUUGAGCAAAAAUACAUUUUUAACCGGUGAUAAAAUCACCUCUGCCGACAUUUCCGUGUGGAGUCUGCUUGCUCCUGAUGGUACUCUGAAAGGUGCACAGAAUAUUGAUAACUUAUUACGAUGGUACCGGGCAAUAAAUGCGAUGCCAGAAGUAAAGGCCGCUCUGGAGCAGCUUCCGCUGAAAGAGCUGAGUUUUGCUUCGUUGCAGCAUUCCAAUCGGUACGGUGGAUUGCAUCACAUUGUGCUGGAUCCAGAAAUUAUCGACUUCGAAGGGCAGGUGCUGGUCGAUACUGGCGAUAACAUUGCAGCCACCGUGCAAAAAGAGGAAAUUCAACUGGCCAAGGAAACAUUCGUUACUGUUCGCGAGCGACCGUCUGUUGAAUCGAAAACGGUUCUCCCGAAGGCUGGAGAGAAGAACAAUUUGAUCACUUCGGCUCUGCCGUACGUGAACAACGUUCCUCAUUUGGGAAACAUAAUCGGAUGCGUUUUGUCGGCUGAUAUUUUUGCAAGAUAUUCACGACUCUGCGGGUAUAAUACGCUGUUCAUUUGUGGCACAGAUGAGUAUGGCACGGCAACGGAGACCAAGGCUUUGUCGGAGAAUAUGACGCCGAAACAAAUCUGCGACAAAUAUUUCGAAAUUCAUAACUCGAUCUACCGUUGGUUUGGAAUUGGGUUCGAUUACUUCGGUAGAACGACAACACCGGAGCAGACGCAAAUCGUGCAGGAAAUGUUCAUUGAGCUGUACAACGGAGGAUACAUUGAGACUCGGGCUGUUGAUCAGUUACUGUGUCAAAAAUGUUCCCGUUACUUAGCAGAUCGGUUCGUCGAAGGAACCUGUCCCCAUCCCGGAUGCGGUUAUGAAGAUGCUCGUGGUGAUCAGUGCGAUGCUUGUGGAAAACUAGUCAAUGCAGUCGAACUGGUAAGGCCACGCUGUAAAGUUUGCAACACUUCUCCAAUCAUUCGCCAGUCGAGUCAAUUUUUCCUGGAUCUCCCGAAAAUCGAACCAAAACUCCGACAAUGGAUCGAUCGUGUGGAUCAUGGUUGGACAAAUAAUGCCCGCGUAAUUACUCAGUCGUGGUUGAAAGAAGGUCUCAAAUCACGCUGCAUCACUCGGGAUCUUAAGUGGGGUAUUCCGGUGCCACUUGAAGGCUACGAGGAUAAAGUGUUUUACGUGUGGUUUGAUGCUCCUAUCGGUUAUAUUUCAAUGACAAGCCGAUAUAGUAAGGAUUGGCGACAAUGGUGGCAACCGGACGCCGACAAGAAAGUUGAUCUUUACCAGUUCAUGGCCAAAGACAAUGUUCCAUUCCAUUCGGUAAUGUUUCCUGCAUCUCUAAUCGGCAUCGAUAAAGGCCAUACUCUCGUGUCGCAUAUAAUGGCCACCGAGUAUCUGAACUACGAAGAUGGAAAGUUUAGCAAGAGUCGUGGAAUCGGAGUGUUCGGGAAUGAUGCCCAGGAAACGGGUAUUCCAGCAGAUGUGUGGCGAUUCUAUUUGGGUGCAUCGCGUCCGGAAGGACAAGAUUCUAGCUUCAGUUGGAACGAUUUGGCCGCUCGGAACAAUAACGAACUGUUGAAGAAUGUUGGCAAUUUUGUCAACAGGGCACUUGUCUUCUGCGAGAAAUUUUUCGACUCGACCGUUCCUCCGAUGGUGCUGAACGAUGAGGACUACACGUUGUUGGCGCUGGUAAAUCGAGAACUGAAAGGAUAUGUAAACCAAAUGGAACGUGCCAAACUUCGAGAUGGCAUUCGACAUUUACUGGCUAUCUCCCGUUACGGCAAUCAAUACAUGCAAUCUGAAGAGCCUUGGGUUUUGGUUAAAGGAACCGAUGAUCAGAAAACACGUGCUGGAACCGUCGUUGGUUUGUGCGUCAACUUUGCUUGUCUACUGGCAACGCUAAUUUUCCCCUUCAUGCCAACUACGGCUCGCAAUCUGUACACUCAACUAAACGUUUCAACCGGUCACAUCGAUCCGGACAAACCUCAAAUGCGAAUUUUGCUGCCAUCUGGUCACAAGAUCGGUAAGCCAGCUGUUCUCUUUAACAAAAUUGAACAGAGUAGAAUCGACGAGUUGAAAAAGAAAUACGCCGGUGUACAGCAGCACCCAAUCCAACCGAGUGCUAGCGCACCGAAAGCGAUACCCAGUAGUAAACUGUUUAACUCUAUUAAGGAAGCCCAGCAGGCAGUGGACGAACAGGCAGCCAAAGUACGCAAAGUCAAAUCUAGCAGCGUGGAUAAAAGUGUCUGGCAACCGGAGGUUAACAUUUUGCUAGAAUUGAAAAAGCAGUUGCUGAAUCUCAGUCAACCAAGAUUGUCGCAAAGUGCGUCAACUUCCGAAGAUGCUCCUGCUUCGCCAACCGUUACUGCUGCACCUUCCGAGUCCCUCAAUGUCAAGACUCUGGAGGCGGAAAUAGCCAAGCAAGGUGAGAAGGUUCGCUUGUUGAAGAGUAGCUCCGACAAGUCCGUUUGGCAACCAGAGGUUAAAGUUCUGUUGGAAAUGAAGGAGAAGCUGGCUAAACUGACCGGAUCAGUGCCAUCGGCUCCCGCUACUAGUGGUGGAAAGAAAAAGAAUAAGAAAUAAAUAACGCUUUCUGAAUUUCCUGGUUUAUAAAAAUAUUAAAAGCAAUUUGGCUAAUCCGUGUCGUUUCAUCUUUUCUGUUCUGAUUGUAUUAGGUUCCACUUUCGCGAAUAUUCAUCAAUAAAUAUGCAUCUAGUUCAAAAACAAAUAUACGAGUUUUGUAU